AUGACGAGGCGCGCCGCAGACGAGGUGCGCGUCGACGAUGGCGGCGCGUCGCCGCUGUCGCAGCCGCCGACGCCCUCCGCCGACGACGCCGCCGCCGCAGACGCCGCCGCCGCCGCAGCAGCAGCGGCGGCCGCGGACGCGGUCCGCGCCACGCCGCCGGCGUCGCCGCCCAGCCCGCCGCUGAUGCUGGCCACCAUGACGCCGGUGAGCGUCAUCGAGCUGCAGAAGGACCUCUGCGACGCGGCGGCCGCCGCCGACCACGCCGCCAAAGCCGCCUACGAGGAGGCGGCGGCAGCGGCGGCGGCCGGCAUCGUCAACGUGGGUGGCAUGACGGUGGUGCAGGCGCCGCCGCAGCUGUUCGGCGCGCCUGCGGGCCCCGCCACCACGGUGCUGGUGCUGUCCGAGCUGGUGGACGACAUGGCGCCCGUCAUCGGACUCAGCGGGCGACCAGUGGUGCGUGUCCCUUGUGGCGUCGAGGCUCGGCAGCUCAGCAGGUGGCUGACGUUCGCGGCAGCCGUGGCGUCUGUCCGCGGGCGCUGCGUGCCUCCUGCUCGCCGUGUUACGCAACGCGCGCUCCGUUUUCCUCACCGCGAGGCCGACCACGCAGCGCCGUAA